CUAUGAUUACUACAAUGUCGGCAGCCUGACAGCUAUUAACGUAAAACAUGGCUGUAUCAAGAAAUUUGUCCUUGUAACUUCAACGAGUCAUUUGUAAAUGUGAAGUAUGCAACUAAAGUACUUGAAGACUCUUCUAACUCCACAGGAUGGAGCUGCUAAAGUCACCUGUAUGGCCUGGGCUCUAAACAAUUUAAAGUUUGCAGUUUGCACUAUUGAUAGAGUGGUUAUUCUAUAUGAUGAGCAGGGAGAGAAAAGAGACUGAUUCACUACAAAGCCUGCUGACCUCAAAUAUGGAAAGAAAACAUAUGUGGUCAAGUCCAUGGCAUUUUCCCCCGAUUCAACAAAAAUAGCAGUUGCCCAAACAGACAACAUCAUAUUUUUUUACAAAAUUGGAGAAGAAUGGCUGAUUUUCGCACGCUGACAAUUUUGUGGCGAUCGGCCACAAAAGCCUGAAAUCAUUGGCAAAUCGGAGCUCACUCUUGUGAGUAACGAUCGCAAUUGUUUUGACUGAAUACAACUGCAGCGUUGACCUACAGCCAAUGAGAGAGCAAGAAACGGGGCACGGGAAGUUUCAGUGGGAGGAGUCCUGAUGUACCUGAAACAGAACAUCAACUAGCAUGGCUACGGUAUCAAGAAAGUCUCAUUGGACCAAAGAAAUGGAGGAAAAAUGUGUGGAACUUUGGCAGGAGCACCAGUGCAUAUUUGAUGUUUCAUCUAAACUGUACCACAACCGGGUAGAGAAAGAGAAGAGUUGGAGAGAAAUGGCCAAUUCUCUUGGAUAGGCAGUGUCUCAGGGAAAGGAAUCCUUUCUGGUCAUGCAGAUGGAAUGGUUGUUCGGUACUUCUUUGAUGAUGAAGGAUCUGGAGAAUCUCAAGACAAACUGUUGACUCAUGCAUGCCCUCCGUAUGCCCUGGCAUGGGGUACCAACAGCAUUAUUGUGGCUGGAUGUGAUAAGAAGAUCGUAGCCUAUGGGAGAGAGGGCCACAUCCUUCAGACAUUUGACUAUAGCCGAGAUCGUUCUGAAAAGGAAUUCACUGUGGCAGCAGCUAGCCCCAGUGGUCAGUCCAUAGUCGUAGGAAGCUUUGACAGCUAAGAGAGUUUUUGAAUGGAGGGUCGCGGGGGGCUGGAGCCUAUCCCAGCUAACAUUGGGCGAAAGGCGGGGGACACCCUGGACAGGUUGCGAGUUUUCAACUGGAGUCCUCGAAAUAGCAACUGGGAUGAAGCUUCUCCCAAAGAGAUUCCAAACUUGUACACUAUCACAGCUCUAGCCUGGAAGAAAGAUGGCUCUCGGCUCUCUGUGGGCAUAUUGUGUGGAGUAGUCGAGCUCUUUGACUGCUGCCUGCGCAGGAGUAUUUACAAGAACAAGUUUGUGAUGACAUAUGUAGGGCUUAGUCAGGUGAUAGUGAAACAUUUUUCCACUGGAACAAGAGUGGUGUUUUAGUCUCAGUAUGGCUGUGAGAUAGAUGAGGUGAAGGUCAUGGGAAAGGAUUGAUAUCUGGUGGCUCAGACCUCUGACACCCUUCUGCUGGGAGAUCUGGUGUCCAACAAUCUGAGUGAAGUGGCGUGGCAGGGCUCUUGGGGAAAUGACAUUUUUUUCUUUGAAAAUGAAACGGUAUGCAUGAUCUUCAAUGCUGGAGAGAUGGCGCGGGUGGAAUAUGGAAAUAAUGAAAUCCUGGGAUCUGUUCAGACAGAGUUUAUGAACCCUCACCUCAUCAGUGUGCGUCUGAAUGAGAGAAGGCAGAGGGGUGUGGAGGACAACGAAAAGUUGGCCUACCUGAUAGACAUCAAAACUAUUGCUAUCGUGGACCUGGUCGGCGGGUAUAAUCUGGGCUCCAUAAACCACAACUCCAAGAUUGACUGGCUGGAGCUGAAUGAAAAGGGUCAAAAACUGCUUUUAAGGGACAAGAAACUCAGGCUCCACCUAUAUGACAUCGACAGCACCACGAAGAGCACCAUGUUGACUUUCUGUCCUUACGUCCAGUGGGUACCAGGCAGUGAUGUAGUUGUGGCAGGGGUUAAUUCUGUCUCCUACACUCUGGAUGAAGGACUGAUCGAGUUUGGAAUGUCCAUUGAUGAUGGAGACUAUUACAGGGCCACAGCAUUCCUGGAAACCCUGGAGCUGUCUGCAGAGUCAGAGGCCAUGCGGAAGACUCUGAGUAAACUUACCCUCGGGGCACAACAGCUCCACAUCGCUGAGAGGUGUUUUGCAGCACUUGGUAAUGUGUCCAAAGCCAAAUUCCUGAAUGAGACCAACAAGAUUGCAGAUACCAACUCAAAAGAAUAUGGUGGUGAUGGCACAGACCACUACCCAGUAAAGGCAAGGCUGGCAAUGCUGGAUAAGAACUUUAAGCUCGCAGAGAUGCAUUACAUGGAACAGAAUGCGGUGGAUGAAGUGAUGGAAAUGUACCAGGAGCUCCACAUGUGGGAUGAAUCUAUUGCCAUUGCAGAGGAGAAGGGCCAUCUGGAGUUGGACAAUUUGAGACGCAGUUACUAUUCCUUCUUAAUGGAGACCAGUCAGAAUGAGAAAGCUGGCGAGGUGAAAGAAAGUGAAGGUGACUUCACAGAUGCCAUUAACCUCAACCUGAAAGCAGGACUCUCUGUUAAAGCUGCCUGGCUGGCCAUGAGCAGAGAUGAGCUCUUAUUAAAUCAUGACAUCAACAACCGCAUCACUUCCGCUCUCAUUCAAGGAGAGUUCUAUGAGAGGGCAGGUGACCUGUUUGAGAGGAUAAGAAAUACUCAAAGAGCCCUGGAUUGCUGGAAGGGAAAUGCUUUUAAAAAAGCAGUGGAUUUGGAUCAUGUUGUACAGCUGGAGGAAGUAUGGGGUGACUAUCUAGUGCAUCAGAAACAAAUGGAUUCUGCUAUAAACCAUUAUAUCCCAAGGCACCCAGGCUCUAUAUGCCACCCUACCAAGGCCAUAGAGGUGGCAAUUGCAGCACGCCAGUGGAAGAAAGCAUUUCACAUACUGGAGCAACAGGAGGACAAGACUGCAGCCAAGUAUUACCUGAAAAUAGCUCAGCACUAUGCCUCUGUACAAGAGUUUGAGGUGUCAGAACGUCUGUUUGUGAUUGGGGAUAAUAUAAAAGAUGCUAUAGAUAUGUACACUCAGGCUGGGCAAUGGGAGCAAGCUCAUAAGCUUGCUGUGAAAUGCAUGACAAAAGAUGAUGUGUCUGCACACAUCAGCAGAGCACAAGAGUUAGAGAAAGAGGGUAAGUACCAAGAAGCUAAAAGGCUCUUUACCACUGUAGAUAAACCAGACCUGGCUAUCACCAUGUACAAGAAGAACAAAAUGUAUGAUGACGCCAUACAUCACAAAGACCUGCUGCAAGAAACACACUUUCACCUGGCCAAGGAGCUGGAGGCUGAAUCCAGGUUCCAGGAGGUAGAGUAUCACUUCCUAGAGGGUCAGGAUUGGAAAGCCGCCGUAAACAUGUACAGAGUCAAUGACAUGUGAGAGGAAGCUUAUAGGAUAGCAAAGAGCCAUGGAGGAGCCAGUGCCCAUAAGCAGGUGGCAUAUUUGUGGGCACAGAGACUUGGAGGAGAGGUUAAACUGCCUUUGACUUUGAAGCUGAUUACUGAUAAUUUUGUCAUCUUCAAAGGCCUCCACACAGUGAUCCACACUUCGAUUUCGAUUGAAAACACCUCCUUGGACUUCGCCUUUGAGUUGGCCCAACUCUUCAUGAAACAGAAGAUCCCUGAUAUCCAUCUGAAGAAUGCCAUGUCUCUUGAAGACCAGGGCAAGUUCAAUGAAGCUGAAACCGAGUUCAUCAAAGCCGGGAAACCCAAAGAGGCUGUGCUAAUGCACGUCCAUAACAAGGACUGGAGUAAUGCUCAGAGAGUGGCUGGGGCUCAUGAUCCAGAAAGUAUUGCAGAAAUUCUAGUGAGCCAGGCUAAGUUCUGCUUUGACCAGAAGGAAUUCCAAAAUGCAGAGGCCUUCCUGCUCAGGGCCCAAAGACCUGAGCUUUCUAUUAAAUACUACAAAGAUGCUGGGAUGUGGACUGAUGCAAUGCGGAUCUGUAAAGACUCUUUGCCCAGCAAGCUGAGCAUCUUUCAAAAGGAAUAUGAGAGCGAGAGCAACUGGGGUGUGGAGGCUCAGGAGUGGGAACAGACAGGCAAGUAUGCUCGAGCCGUGGACUGCUAUCUUAAAGUGAAGGACUCGUCUAACGUGGACUUAAUGAUGAAGUGUAGGAGGAAGGCAGCAGAAUUGGCCAUUACAUUUUUAUCUCAUGACAAGUCUGUAGACGUUAGUCAGGUUGUUGGACCAUGCCUGAUUCAGCUUCGAAAAUACAACGAGGCUGCCGAGCUCUACCUCAACCUGGACCUCAUUAAGAACACCAUAGAUGCUUUCACUGAUGGAGAAGAAUGGAACAAAACCAAGAGAGUAGCCAAGGAGCUCGAUCCAAGCAUUUUCACCAACAAGCUGCCUUCACCAACAGAAUUUAAAGUCCUGCACAAGUACAUCGCCCUUUACGCCACUCAUCUGAUCAAAGAGGGUGAAGCAGAGAAAGUGCUCAAUCUGUACGCCCAGCAUGGUGUGCCAGCUUAUUCACAGGGCAUUGAUUAAGGCACAUUGGAUGCUUUGGAUCACACCGAUUUCCAAGAAACUGAUAUUCCAUUUGAGGUCCCUGUACCUUCUAAACUACAUGUCACAGUAGAGAAGAGGGAGGAGAUUAGGGAAUGGGUUCUGACUGUGUUCUUGGACCAGCAUGUGGAGCAAGUGCUUCCUAAGGUUGAGAGGGGCACAUAUGAGUGCUCCCUAGUGGCUACCGGCUCCAGCAUCCGGUCCCUACCACGCAUCAUAACAGGGUACCUUGUCCUGCACAACAAAUUUGAGUUCAAAAGACCAGGAAUGGCAGCAAACAAAGAUGACUGGAAUAAAUUCCUGAUGACUGCAAAGGUUCAAACCACUCACUGUCCAGAUUGUCAGGAUGUGCUGAAAUUUAUCACACAGUGGUGUGGAGGCCUCCCGUCUGCUGGAUUCUCCUUCCACUGAGAUCGAGGAAGGUGCACAAUAUAUAUUUCUCUAUCUGUCAUCAUCCUGCUCUUCACUUCCUCACCUCACAGCUGUUCUGCUUUCACAUUUAAUCAGUUUUUUCAUUCUCUUGUUUCUUUUUUCAAAGGCACUGACCAUGUCAUGCUCAUCAUCCUUUAGUUGUCUUGUAAAUCUAAUUAAAUAUCCAUAUGUAUCAAAAGGUCAGUGCCUGCAGGUCAUGUUGUGUUUUAACUAUAUUAGACAUAUUCCACUAUUUCUUAUAUGAGUUGGAUAUUUUGAUACUUAAGCAUAAAAUAAAAU